GCAGCGCUGAAGAGCGUCUGAAGAGAGUAAUGGCAUGAGCUUUGCGUCGAGAUCCCGUCAAACCACAGUACUGCGAAUUUCUCGCACCUAAACUUUUACGCUGUUUACGGAGGACUAUUUACCAAUUACACGGAGCGUCUCGUUGAAUUAUUUGCAUCAACACACAGCAGGACCACUUCAGAAGUCACUCCAGAGCAGUUGCGUGCCAAGACAUUUUAAAUAUAAAGGAUAUGAUAUUGGACAUGUGAAAUACAAGGGUAACUUCAAAAAUGAAGCUGGCGUCUUGUCUGUGUUGCCUCGGCUUUCUUCUCACUUCAGUGGCGAUCCGGCUGAGCCACUCGCAACAAGUAUGCACCGGCACAGAGAAUAAACUGAGCACUCUGUCAGACUUGGAUCAGCAGUAUCGGACCCUUCGCAAAUAUUACGAGAACUGCGAGGUGGUGAUGGGCAACCUGGAGAUCACCAGUAUCGAUCGCAGUCGUGACCUGUCGUUCCUCAGGUCCAUUCGGGAGGUGACCGGAUACGUGCUCGUGGCGCUGAAUCAGUUUGAAUAUCUGCCCUUGGAGAAUCUGCGCAUCAUUCGCGGGACCAGGCUAUACGAAGACCGCUACGCGCUGGCUAUCUUCCUCAACUACCGCCGAGACGGCAACUUCGGUCUCCGUCAGCUCGGCCUCAAGAACCUCACGGAAAUUCUGAAUGGAGGGGUGUACGUGGACCAGAACAAGUUCCUGUGUCAUGCUGAUACCAUCCACUGGCAGGACAUUGUGAAGAACGCCCGGACUGAUCACCUGGUUGUGCCGUCCAAUAGCAGCAGCUCUUGUCAGAGAUGUCACAGAGCAUGCAAUGGACGCUGCUGGGGACCAAAGGAGAACCAAUGUCAAAGCUUGACGAAGACAGUGUGUGCUGAGCAGUGUGAUGGCCGCUGUUUCGGGCCGUACGUCAGCGACUGCUGUCAUCGCGAGUGUGCUGGAGGCUGUUCGGGCCCAAAGGACACAGACUGCUUCGCCUGCACAAACUUCAACGACAGUGGCGCAUGUGUAACGCAAUGCCCACAGCCCUUCGUCUACAACCCCACCACAUUCCAGCUGGAGCACAACUCACGGGCCAAAUACACCUACGGAGCAUUCUGUGUCAAAAAGUGCCCACAUAACUUCGUGGUGGACCACAGCUCUUGUGUCAGGGCCUGUCCGAGCAACAAGAUGGAGGUGGAGGAGAACAGGAUCAAGAUGUGCAUUCCCUGCACUGAUAUCUGCCCAAAAGCAUGUGAUGGCAUUGGCACUGCCAGUCUUCAGGCGGCUCAAACCGUCGACUCCAGCAACAUUGACCGAUUCAUCAAUUGUACCAAGAUCAACGGCAACCUUGUGUUUCUCAUCACAGGGAUUAAAGGGGAUGUAUACCACAAUAUAGAGCCCCUGGAUCCAGAGAAACUCAAUGUGUUCCGCACCGUUCGGGAGAUUACCGGUUUUUUAAACAUUCAGUCUUGGCCGGAAAACAUGACUGAUUUGAGUGUCUUCUCCAAUCUGGCAACCAUUGGUGGCAGGUCUCUCUACAGUGGCAUCUCCCUACUGGUGUUAAAGCAGCAGUGGAUUUCCUCACUGCAGCUGCAGUCGCUCAAUGAGGUUAGUGCAGGAAACAUCUACGUCUCUAACAACAGCCAACUUUGCUACUACAACACCGUCAACUGGACGCGCCUUUUCCGCACCAACACCCAGAAGGCCCUGAUCCGCAAUAACCGGGACCCCAAAGAGUGUAUUUUAGACCGUAUGGUAUGUGAUCCAUUGUGUUCGGAUACCGGCUGCUGGGGUCCGGGGCCUGACCAGUGCCUGUCCUGUCGGUUCUUCAGCAGGGGCCGCACCUGUGUAGAGUCAUGCAACCUGCAUGAAGGACUGUCUGGCUCUAGGCCCAAGCUGUUCACCAGGCCCUACAUUGUCGAGAAGCGGGAGGCAGGUUCGGAGAGGGACUUGCGUGAAUUUGCUAAUGGCUCAGUGUGCUUGGAGUGUGAUGCACAGUGUGAGGUGGCAGAAGAUGAUGGUCUUACCUGCACUGGACCUGGUCCUGAUCACUGUGUUAAAUGCCUUCACUUUAAGGACGGGCCCAACUGUGUGGAGAAAUGCCCUGAUGGCCUCCAGGGAACAAACAGCUUCAUCUUCAAAUACGCUGAGACCAACAAUGAGUGUCACCCUUGCCAUGUCAACUGUACCCAGGGAUGCACUGGACCCCGUCUACAAGACUGCAUUGGUAUGAUGGACAGGACUCCGCUCAUUGCCGCCGGGGUUAUCGGUGGGCUGUUUGUGGUGAUCAUCGUGGGCUUGAGCAUUGCAAUAUCAGUUAGGAGGAGAAGAAUAAAGAAGAAGAGAGCCCUGAGACGCUUCCUGGAGACUGAGUUGGUGGAGCCCCUUACGCCCAGCGGUGCGGCCCCCAACCAGGCACAGCUGCGCAUUCUGAAGGAGACUGAGCUGAAAAGGGUAAAGAUCCUCGGAGCCGGAGCCUUUGGCACUGUUUACAAGGGCAUCUGGGUACCCGAGGGCGAGACUGUGAAGAUUCCUGUGGCCAUAAAGAUCUUGAACGAGGCAACAGGCCCCAAAGCCAACGUAGAGUUUAUGGAUGAGGCUCUGAUCAUGGCCAGCAUGGAGCAUCCUCACUUAGUGCGGCUGUUGGGUGUGUGCCUGAGCCCCACCAUCCAGCUGGUCACUCAGCUAAUGCCCCACGGCUGUCUGCUGGACUAUGUGCAUGAGCACAAGGACAACAUUGGCUCCCAAUUACUGCUCAACUGGUGUGUUCAGAUCGCCAAGGGUAUGAUGUACUUGGAGGAGAGGAGACUUGUGCACCGGGAUCUGGCAGCUCGGAACGUCCUGGUGAAAUCAUCCAAUCAUAUAAAGAUCACAGACUUUGGUCUGGCUCGUCUCCUGGAUGCAAAUGAGAAGGAAUAUAAUGCAGAUGGGGGCAAGAUGCCUAUAAAGUGGAUGGCAUUGGAAUGUAUCCACUACAGGAAGUUCACCCACCAGAGUGAUGUCUGGAGUUACGGAGUGACGAUCUGGGAGCUGAUGACAUUUGGAGGAAAGCCAUAUGACGGAAUCCCAACACGAGAGAUUCCCGACCUACUGGAGAAAGGAGAGAGACUCCCUCAGCCUCCCAUCUGCACUAUUGACGUCUACAUGGUCAUGGUCAAAUGCUGGAUGAUAGAUGCAGAUAGCAGACCCAGAUUUAAAGAGCUCGCUGCAGAAUUCUGUCGAAUGGCAAGAGACCCACAACGUUACCUAGUGAUCCAGGUAAGAGUCUUGCAGGGAGAUGACCGCAUGAAGCUGCCCAGCCCCAACGACAGCAAGUUCUUCCAAAGUCUUUUAGAUGAAGAGGAGCUGGAAGAUCUGAUGGACGCUGAGGAGUAUUUGGUGCCACAAGCCUUCAGCGUUCCUCCUCUGGCAUAUACAACCAGAUCACGCAUGGACCCAAAUAGAAACCAGUUUGCAUACCAGGAUGGAAGUUUUGGCAUGGAGGAGAUGAUGGCCACUAUCCCUCGGGUCGUGGCUGUGUCCGCAGUAAGCCCAGCUUGUUCCUCUCAGAAACAAUCUGUGGCCCAUCAGGGGGCCUCAGGGUCCUCCGAGGCAUUUGAAGACGGCCGCUGUAAUGGAACUCUCAAGAAGAAGGCUUCGCCCAGGGCGAGCACCGGGGAGGACAGCUGUGGUCAGCGUUACAGCGCAGAUCCAACUGUGAUACUAUGCGAACGUGGAGCCAGAGCUGAGACUGACCAGGAUGGAUACAUGGGCGCCAUGGACAAAAAACCCACAGAUUAUCUCAACCCAGUGGAGGAGAACCCCUUCGUCACCCAUCGCCGAAACGGUGAGGUCCACGCACUAGAACGAGCUUACCACAGCGCCUCAAAUGGACAGCCCAAAGUGGAAGAAGAGUAUGUCAACGAUCCGCUUUACCUCAACACCUUCCACAACUCUGGGGAAAAGAGUCACAAUGUCCUGAGGAAGAACGGAGUCCCCGUGGCUCACCCAGCGGCAGCAGCGACAGUAGCAGCAGCAGCUAAUUCUGCCGCUUCCAACAGCCAGAAUCUAGCCCAAAUCGUGCAACCAGCAGCACCCGGUGCCCAAACCACAGCACAGCCUCUAUACCAAGGCCAACAAGGCAUCUCCAUACUCUCAGGCCACACCCUCCACUCUGCCCACCCUGGACACACCCUUCAUCCAAAGCACAUCCUUCAUCCCAUUCACUCCGGGACCAUCAUGGCCGACAAAAAACCCAAAAAGACAUUCGACAAUCCCGAGUACUGGCAGCACAGUCUUCCGCCCAAAGCAACUCUUCACAGCCCCGAGUAUCUGCAGGACUGCAGCACACGCUUCUUCUACCGGCAGAACGGUCGGAUUCGGCCCGCCGUGGCUGAGAACCAGGAGUACCUGACGGAGUAUGCGCUAAAGCCGGGCACGGUGUUGCCACCUCCCCCUUACCGCCAGAGGAACACUGUUGUGUAGCAACAUCUGCCGAUGGAAGCGAAAGUGGAUACAGGUAGAAAGAGAGACCCUCAUAUUGUGUUCUCACCCUGGCUCUCUCACACCAGCAUCCGGUUGUCUCCUAUCCUCUCCGACCUGGAUUUUAACCGUCAACAACCUGGAACUGAUGCGCUUGAGUCACUCCAGACGCGUUGGUCACAGAUGACCACAUAAGUCAAAGCUCCUCGCUUGUCUUUCCUCACUUUGAUCACCGUAUAGACCUGUCUCCCACCCCACCCUUUGGAAAGCUAUAUAACUGUACUCUUCCCAUCAUAUGGCAGAUGUUACAUUCAGUACAAGAGGUACUUGUAUUUGAGUACAAGCCCAACGCCACACUGUAUUUGGACAUAAAAUGAAAAUGCAAUGGGCUUUAAUCUUGUGUUUAUUCGGGUUUGGGAUUUUGAUUUAAAGCUGCAAUAUGGUUGUAAUUUAUCACUUUGACUAUUGUUGCUGUUGGUAUUGAACACGGUAUAGUUUAUUUUAGCAAUCCAUAUAACCUGGAGCUCACUGAGAUCCUUUGUCGUGUAGCCUUCUCAUUGGGCUCUGGGAUGGAGGAUAUGACCAGUCAGCAAUUGAACUGUACGCUAAAUGCUGUUCCAUACAUACAUGGUUUGUACGCAUAUGUAUCAUAUCGCUCAAGCAAGGCACUUUUAUUUUUCCUCUUAAUACUUUUGAGCCAUCUCUUUGUUUUAAGCAAGACUGGAUAUUUUCCACCUGUUUGUACACUGGUAACAGUCCCGCUGUCCACAUUAGACUACUGAGCGACACAGCAGCAAUGGAAAACAACAUGUGUAAAGAAAACAUGAUAAAAAGAAACGAGCCAUGCUGAGAAAUGCCACCAGUAACUCUUAUAUGAAAUCCAGAAGCCAGGCUUUACUGCAGCCUGAAUCAAUAACUUCAUAAAACGAGAUCUGCAACCGUCUACUGUAAUCAUGCUUUUAUUGUUGAUCUUGCCAGCAUCGAUCUGCACACUCACACGGUUGUCACUUUAAGGUACCCUUCCUUUGUUUUUGCCAUUUAAUGUGGGGAAUUUAAAACCCAAACUGGAUCUACCGUGAACUUCAGAAGCUAAAAUCAAUACUAGCCAACCCAACAUGUCUGUCUCGUGCAGACGGACGUACGCCGAAUGGAUAUUUACACAGCUAUGGGAGACCGGGUUUGCACGAAAGACUUAACGGCACACAACUCCUGGCUCCAGUUUUGAAAUAUGGCCGGACAACUGUUAUAACUGUAUAAACUUAAAGAUCACAUGCGAAUCCAUCCAACAGAAGUCUGAGAUGCACAUAACCUGCAGUGGGAAAUGAUUAAGAUGGCUGCUUUCUCUAGCUGUGUUCAUAAUAAAUGUGACUUUGGAGACGUAUGAAACAGAAGACAGGAAUACCAUCAUGCCACGAGGAACAAAUGAGAAUGCGGGAAGGGAACGUUUGCCCCAGGGCUAGAGAUGAGACUGCCUCAAAUCUGUCAUCUCCAUUUGAACUGUCUCCCAUAAUGACUUUCUAUAUGGAGUGUUGAAGUUCCAGAAUACUCAUGGAAGUAACAGCAAGGAUGGGUUUAGAGGUUUAGCGUUUUGUUCCACUCGAAAGGUGCGACAUCCUGGAUAUGAACCAUGACAUCCAUGUUUCUAGAUUUGUGUAUAGUUUUGAACACUGCCAGGCACUUUGCUUCUCUGUUGAGAGGAAUAAUAAUGUGAUGUUGGUGGCUGGGAGAUGUGAGGUUUUUAUAGCAUUUAACAACCUGGCACAGCCGCGUGCGUUUGUUUUGAACACCAACAGCACUGAUUGAAUUACGAUGAUCAUAGUCGACAUGACUAUAGCAAACAUCACCUAUCCAUGCGCGUUUGUUUUGCUGCAUCGUGUUUUUUGUGUGUCUGUGUGUGUGUGUGUGUGUGUGUGUGUGUGAAGGUUUUGCGGUUCCAUGGAGCACUUUAAAUAUUGAACAUAGCAAAAAUAGAAAGGAAAGAUAUUUUCAUUAUGGGUAUUACGGUUCCCAUGUGACAAUAGAUUAGACAAAUGACAUUUUUGGCGCUCUACUGAAAAACAAAAUCAGGGAAUUUUAGUGACAUGUGAUUUUGCCAAACACAGAUGUUUACUAAUGAAAGUGUUUAUCGCAAGCUUUUCAACUGUCUGAAAAAGAAUUCUCAGCCAAUUCGUAUCUAGCUAAAGCAACUGCUUAAUAAGAUAUUGAUAUAAGAUUUAAAUAUGACUAUUCUUAGACACACCUCUAACAAUAAUAUAAGAAACGUUUAUAGAUCUUGAAUCACAUACUUGAAAUUGAGUCAUUUUAGCUCCGAUAGAGUUUGGGAGAACUUGUUUUUACAUUUAUGAUGUAAGUACAAUGUGUAGAAUUAAGGCCAUAUGAUAUUUCAAUUCAUGCUUAUGUUUGUGAUAAGCCCAAAUGCUUAGUUAUAUAAGGCGUCUAUGGCCUAGGUUAUCCAAAACGCCCAAAGAAGGCAAUGCUAUUCAGUUUCAGUCCCGGAGGGUUUAGUUCCAACCAUAAUAAUAAGGAUCAAUAUUGUUCAAGUUUGUUUAAAAGCAGGCGUGUUGCUUUUCAGCGAAACUGUCCAGGACAGCAACCCUUCGGGAUUUGGGUUGAAUAGCCUUGACCUCAGGUAUCACCCACUCUUACGAGAGUAUGAAUCAUUGUAGACCCUUUCGGUUACCACAGGUCGGAUGGAGAUAGAAAAGCCCUAUGUGAUGGGAAUAUAAUUAUCGUGCUUAAACUACUGUUACCGUCCUGCAGCGAAGUAAAUCGUCUGUAGCAAAGCUUCUGUGAAUACAGGGUGGAUAGAGAUCUACUUAAUUCAUCAAGCUGCAAAUUGAGGAACAUGAGAUGGAGAAACUGUAACUGGUAUAUCUGGAUGACUCAUAAAUGUGUAAACGCUUUUACAGAAGAAAUGUAUUCUCUCUAGGAACGCUUGGAGGUGAUGUUUGGAUAGAGCACAAAUGUUUUGUCUCAAUGCACAUUGUUGAGUGGAGUAACUCACAAUUAUCUCGAAAAACACUUGCUGUAAGACCUUGGAAAUGAACUUGUAAAUAUAUGAUUUUAUAAGGGGAUUGGAGAUGUUCAUGUAUGUAAGGAGGGAUAUUGGUGAAGGCUUCUCACUUUAUGUUCAAUCUUUUUACAUUUGCAUUUAACAAACGUUUUUAAUACAACGCACAUUUAUUCAUCAGGUAAUUGUGAUACACAUGAUUUAGGUUGUGUGUUAAGGUACACAUGAAAUCCCUGCUUAAUUGACCUUAAACGAAUCCUACAAUUAUAAGAGUGUUGUCAUGACCCUGAUCUUUUACAGUGUUGAGAGCUGUAGCUUUACAAACUACUGCUUGCAUAUAUAUAUAUAUAUAUAUAUAUAUAUAAGCAAUGUUAUUUUAUUUUCUGUAAGUGUAUUGGGGUACUUAUGGUAUGUUAUGGCACUUAUUGUUUAAAAAACAGUAGUAUCUUCAAGGCCCUAUGUGGGGAUCCCACUAAGAUCCAUUUUGGUAUGCCCUGGGCUGUUCUUAAAGGGAUGCUCCACCCAAAAAUGAAAAUUCUGUCACGAAUUACUCACCGUCUAGUUGUUCCAAAACUGUAUACAUUUCUUUGUUCAGUUAUAAGAUAUUUGGACGAAUGUUAGCAAAUGUCAAUUGUGGGGCAUCGUUGACUACCAUAGUGGGAAGAAAUUCUUGUCAUUUUUUUGUUCUGUUGAACACAAAAGAAUAGAUUUUGAAGAAUGUAGGGAAGCAAACAGUUCUGGGGCACAUUGACUUCCAUUUUCAUUUUUCAGUUUCAGUUUUUCCUACUAUGGUAGUCAAUGAUGCUCCAGAAAUCUCAGUUGCAAACAUUCUUCCAAAUACCGUUCUUUGUGUUCAGCAGAACAAAGAAAUGUAGACAGAUUUGGAACAACUCGAGGGUGAGUAAUUCAUGACAGAAUUCUCUUUAAUUUUAGCGACAGCCUUGGAUUAAAUUAAUUUUCAGUAUUUAAAUAUUGAGUUGUCCUUUGCUAAUCUGAUCGUGUGCUUGCAUAUCACAGUAUCUGCAGCAAUGUUCAGAAGCACCAUGGAAACAAGCACUGUGUUUGUUACUGGGUCCUUAUUGCUUAUUUAUUGACCUCUCUUUUUAUUGUUUUUUUUUUUGUCUUUUUGUUAUGCUCACUGGAAUUUUGCAUGUGAUCAUAUAGUCGGGAAGUAUGGAUAGAUUAAGCACAGUUAAUACGCCAUUUUAUAUCACAAGGACAACUUAAAGGAGGAUGUCAUCUUCCCACGGCAUUGACAUUUGAAAUGGUUGUUCUUCAUCAUUUUACUACUGUAUGUCAAUGAGAAAAUGUGAAUAGUAUUUUUAUAGACAGUUGAAUUGGCCAGAUGUAUUUGUAAAUAGCUGGAAAGCUCAUGACCCUUUUUAAACUGAUGUUUUUUUUUCCAUUUUCUUUUUACACCUAUAUUGUGUGUGACCAGUUAUUCUUAUUUGAUGGCUGUAUAUAUCUGUAAUUUGAACAGCACAUAUUUGAUUUUGUAGACCUUGCAGUUUCUUUUAGUAAUUUUGGUGUUUUUGUGACUGUAUGUAGCCCAGCUUGGUGCAUUUUGUGUUAUCCUCUGCCUGAGCUCAGGAGGUAGAGGAUGUUUUCUUUCGGUCAUGCUCCUUUACCCAUCACCCCACAUCCUCGAUUUUCUCUUUUUGUACAGAAUCCAGCGUGGGGAAUGUGACAAUAGCAUUUGUAUCUCCCAGGAUCUCUCUUGAGCCCGAGUUAGGCUUUUCCUGACUUCGGUCCUGGUCACAUCGGUAGUGUCUAGUAUACUUUCUCAGUGUAUACUUCAUAUUCAUACAGCAAUCCCUUAUUUUCUUUCACAACCGCAGCCAGCCACGUUGUUAACCCUCUGAGCUCAGCCCAGCGCAUGGCUGUAAGCUCUAACAACUGCAAAAAGCCACAAUUCUGUUCAUGGCCUUUGCAGAUUCGCCCAUCUCUCCAGGAGAUUCAUAAGCCAGCGUGUGUUAUUCGCCCUGUCAGGUGGACUAAUUGCCUGAAGGGUCCAUUUGGUCACGAUGGUCUUGAGUGACGGCUUGUCAAAACUAAAGUCAAGUCUUGUCAUUUUUGAUACAGGGAUGAAGAGAGAGUCGAGGAGUCACUGGUUGAAUAGCUCAUCUUUCCUCCAUUGCUUUCUCAUUCCCCAAAGCUAGCAUUUAAAUACUGUUUCACAGUUUUGUUACCUGAAUCUAUAUUUUUAAUUUAAUAUAAAUAAAUACAACA